GGCGCUAGUGUUUCACGUAAGGAACCAUUUUCUUUGACACGUCAAGAAACGUGUGUGUUGUUUAUUAUAUUGUAGGUAUUUGAUAUUAAGUCAACAUGGUUACAGUUGAGCAACCAUGUUAUACACUGAUAAAUUUACCGUCAGAUUCUGACCCACCCAAUGAGAUGCAGCUGAAGAUGGAUCUUGAGAAAGGUGAUAUUAAAACAAAAAUUGAGGCAUUGAAGAAAACAAUCCAUAUGAUUGUCAGUGGAGAACGAUUACCAGGCUUGCUGAUGACAAUAAUCCGCUUUGUACUACCACUUCAAGACCACAUGAUCAAGAAAUUAUUAUUGAUAUUCUGGGAAAUUGUUCCAAAAACAACUCCAGAUGGCAAACUUAUGCAAGAGAUGAUACUUGUCUGUGAUUCAUACAGGAAGGAUUUGCAACAUCCCAAUGAGUUCUUGCGAGGUUCAACAUUGCGCUUCCUCUGCAAACUUAAGGAACCAGAACUUUUGGAACCAUUGAUGCCUGCAAUUAGGGCCUGCUUGGAACACAGACAUUCUUAUGUCAGGAGAAAUGCUGUUCUUGCCAUCUUUACAAUUUACAGAAAUUUUGAGUUUCUCAUUCCUGAUGCCCCAGAAUUAAUUGCAAGUUUCCUGGAGGGUGAGCAGGACAUGUCCUGCAAACGUAAUGCCUUCCUUAUGUUACUUCAUGCAGAUCAAGAAAGGGCACUGGCAUACCUUGCAUCUUGUCUUGACCAAGUAACUUCGUUUGGAGACAUCUUACAGCUUGUCAUCGUGGAACUGAUUUAUAAGGUUUGUCAUGCUAACCCAUCAGAGCGAUCACGCUUCAUCAGGUGUAUCUACAAUCUGUUGAAUUCAACCAGUCAGGCUGUGCGCUAUGAAGCAGCUGGAACUCUGGUAACACUGUCUAGUGCCCCAACUGCUAUCAAGGCAGCUGCUUCCUGCUACAUUGAACUCAUUGUCAAGGAAAGUGACAACAAUGUAAAACUGAUAGUAUUAGACCGCCUUAUUGCACUAAAGGAACAUCCCACACAUGAACGAGUCUUGCAAGACCUUGUUAUGGAUAUACUUCGAGUUCUGGCCAGUCCUGACCUUGAAGUUCGGAAGAAAACUUUGAACUUGGCAAUGGAGUUGGUAUCAUCCCGAAAUAUUGAAGAGAUGGUUUUGGUUCUAAAGAAAGAGGUCGCUAAGACACACAAUAUUGUGGAGCAUGAAGAUACUGGAAAAUAUCGUCAGCUGCUGGUUCGAACUCUACACAGUUGCUGCAUUAAGUUUCCAGAUGUGGCAGCAACUGUAAUUCCUGUUCUGAUUGAAUUCCUUUCUGAUACAAAUGAGCUUGCAGCAUCUGAUGUUUUGGUAUUUGUACGUGAAGCAAUUCAGAAGUUUGAAGGACUCCGACCUCUAAUAAUAGAGAGACUCCUGGAUGCUUUCCCAGCAGUUAAGUCUGUUAAGGUUCAUCGUGCAGCAUUAUGGAUUCUUGGAGAGUAUGCUUCUAGUCCUGAUGAUAUCCAGGCUGUUAUGAAUCAAGUGCGGCAAACUCUUGGGGAGAUUCCAUUAGUGGAUGAUGAGCUCCGUCUUGCAGCUGGUGAGAAGGCAGAUGAAGAUGGAAUACAGCAACAGGUUCCAAUACAGAAAUUAGUCACUUCAGAUGGAACAUAUGCUACCCAGUCAGCUUUCAAUACCGCCAGUAUCUCCAAGAAAGGGGAAGCCCGCCCUCCAUUGCGUCAGUACAUGAUGGAUGGUGAUUUCUUUAUUGGAGCUGCUCUUGGUACUACUCUAGCCAAGCUUGCUCUCCGAUACAUGUCACUAACACCAGAUGGCAAAAAGCAAAAUCGUUUUUGUUCUGAAGCAAUGCUUAUUAUGGCAUCCAUUUUACACCUAGGGAAAUCAGGUUUGGCUGUCAAAAAUAUGACAAAUGAUGAUGCCGAUCGCUUGUAUUUGUGUCUUCAAGUGCUAUCUGAUAAGUCCCCAGUCAUUGUAAAAAUCUUUAAUGAGAACUGUCGUUGUGCCCUGUCCAUUAUGCUUGCUGCCAAAGCAGAAGAGGAGGCUUCUACACAGAAAGCCAAAGAGAAGCCUGGGUCAGUGAUACAUGCAGACGAACCAAUAUCAUUCCUUCAGCUGUCCUCAUCUCGGGGUGCAGGUGACCUGGGUGGCACUGAGAAUGUGUUUGAGUUAAGUCUUAAUCAGGCCGUAGUGGGUCGGCGAGAUGGAAUUUGUUCAGGGCUGGGAGGUGGAGAAUCAACACCGGGAUUGAGCAAGCUGAACAAGGUCACUCAACUCACUGGCUUCUCAGAUCCAGUCUAUGCUGAAGCCUAUGUUCAUGUCAACCAAUAUGACAUUGUUCUGGAUGUUCUCAUUGUAAAUCAGACAGGUGACACAUUACAAAAUUGCACACUCGAGCUGGCUACCUUGGGAGACUUGAAGCUAGUAGAAAAACCACAGCCUGUCGUCUUGGCUCCUCACGACUUCUGCAAUAUUAAGGCCAAUGUGAAGGUUGCGUCCACAGAAAAUGGCAUCAUCUUCGGUAAUAUUGUAUAUGAUGUGAGUGGUGCUGCAUCAGAUCGCAAUGUCGUGGUGCUCAAUGAUAUUCAUAUUGAUAUAAUGGAUUACAUUGUUCCUGCAUCAUGCAAUGACACUGAGUUCAGACAGAUGUGGGCUGAGUUUGAAUGGGAGAAUAAGGUUUCUGUCAAUACAAAUUUGACAGAUCUUCAUGAGUACCUUCGUCAUUUGAUAAGCAGCACAAAUAUGAAGUGCUUGACUCCAGAAAAGGCCCUGUCUGGUCAGUGUGGCUUCAUGGCUGCGAACAUGUAUGCUCGCUCUAUCUUUGGUGAAAACGCUCUUGCAAACCUGAGCAUAGAGAAACCAUUCAACAAGCCGGAUGCGCCUGUGACAGGUCAUAUUCGUAUUAGGGCCAAAAGUCAAGGCAUGGCAUUGAGCCUUGGAGACAAAAUUAAUAUGACUCAGAAAGGUCCACACAAGACAUGUGGAGCAUAGGCUCUAGAAGUAUGGUAGCAUCUGUAUGCUCCAUCCAUUAUGAGUUGCUGGGCAGAAGUAGAGUGUUAUUUCCCAUAUUUCUAAUAAAGAAUUAUAAAAUUGUGGCAGGAAAUAAAUUAUAACUGUGCAAGUUCAUUCCUCUCAUUGGUCAAAUUUGGGUUUCUUCAACAGUAAACGCGUGAUAUAGUUGAUACAAUUUGCGCUUGUACCCAUGUCUAUCUUGUAAUCAGUUGUGAGAGUUAAUACAGUUUUGACCACUUUGCUGUAUUCUGUUAUUGAUGGAUGAUAAGUAAAUAAAAAAGUCAUAAGUUUUAAUAGGAA